CAAUGUCAUAAUUUGGACGUUUCAAAUUUCGACUUUCGAUCAAACCAGCAAGUUUAAGAAUAAUAUAUACUAUUUCGUGGCUGUUUAAUUACGGUUCAUAGUGUGAGGUAUCGAAUCAAUGAAAAGAGAUAUUAAUGUUUCAGCAAUUGAGUUUAUUACCUGUUUUAGUUCUACAAAUUCCACAACAGACCGCAAUUAAACCUGCGAUAAUAUGUUUAUCAUUUUUAAAUAUAUAGUUAUAUUUUGAUCGAUUGAAAGUUUCAGGAGAUAAAAGCUAUAUCAAAACUAAGUUUGAUCUUGUUAUUAAAAGAAGACUUAAACAUGAAUUUAUUGAAGCAAACACAGUUUUUUUUGCCGCUCUACUCUGUCCGAAUAAACACAAGAACGCAUCUAAGGAGAAACUCUGUCGCAUUCCAAUACAAAAGAUUUUUGAGUGACAAUGUAGAAGUUGAAAGUAAAAGCAGUGUUGAAGCCCCUCUAAUGGAUCUUCAUGGUCGGCGGCAUGAUUACUUAAGGAUAUCACUGACAGAGCGAUGCAACCUCCGCUGUCAGUACUGCAUGCCGGCCGAGGGCGUGCCGCUGAGCGCGCGCGCGGCGCUGCUGAGCCGCGCGGAGCUGGCGCGGCUCGUGCGCGUGUUCGCGGCGCUCGGCGUCACCAAGCUGCGCCUCACGGGCGGCGAGCCCACCGUGCGACAAGACCUCGCCGACAUUAUACAGGAGCUGUCGAGCGUGGACGGCAUCUCGACGGUGGCAAUGACGUCGAACGGCGUGGCGCUGACGCGGCGGCUGCCCGCGCUGCAGCGCGCCGGCCUCUCCGCGCUCAACGUGUCGCUCGACUCGCUGCGCGCCGACCGCUACGAGCGCAUGGCGCGCCGCCCGGGCCUACAAAAAGUUUUAGCUUGUAUCGAUCUAGCGCUUCAGCUCGGAUUCAGCCCCGUAAAAGUAAAUACGGUCCUAAUGAAAGGUUUCAAUGAUGACGAGGUGUGUGACUUCGUUGAGUUUACCAAACACCGAAAUGUGGAAGUCAGGUUCAUCGAGUUCAUGCCGUUCACGGGCAACCGGUGGGACGACUCGCGGCUGGUGUCGGGCGCGGCCGCGCUGGCGGCGGCCCGCGCCGCGCUCCCCACGCUGCGCCCCGCGCCGCCCGCGCCCUGCCGCACCGCCACCGUGUGGAAGGCGGACGGGUACGCGGGCAGCGUGGGGUUCAUCUCGUCGAUGACGCAGCCCUUCUGCUCCUCCUGCAACCGCCUGCGCCUCACCGCGGACGGAAACCUCAAAGUGUGCCUGUUCGGCGGCGCCGAGGUGUCGCUGCGCGACGCGGCGCGCGCCGGCGCGCCCGACGCCGAGCUGGCGGCGCUGGUGCGCGCCGCGCUGCGCCGCAAGCUGCCCGCGCACGCCGUGGGCGCCAAGCCGGUGCGCGCGCGCGCCGCCGAGGCGGAGUGCUUCCUGCAUGUGAGCGCGCGCCUGCUGCGACUGCUGCGCGACGCCGCCGUGCCCAAGGGCGACGCGCUCAGCGUGGCGCAGGUGGCGGGCACGCUGGCCGCCAAGCGCACGGCCGACCUGAUCCCCAUGUGCCACCCGCUGCCGCUGGAGCUGGCGCGCGUGCGCGUGCAGCUGCCGCGCGGCGAGGCGGGCGAGGCGGGCGCCGGCGGCCGCGUGCGCCUCACGUGCGAGGCGCGCGCCACGGCCCGCACGGGCGUCGAGAUGGAGGCGCUCACGGGCUGCGCGGUGGCCGCGCUCGCACUCUACGACAUGUGCAAGUCGGUGGACAAGCACAUGACAAUCACCGGCUUGCGCGUGCUGCGCAAGAGCGGCGGCGUCGGCGGCGACUGGACCGCGCCCGACGCGCCCGGCCCGCACGAGCCGCACACGCCGCACACGCCGCACGAGCCGCGGGAACAAAUGCCCGACAAGGCCAAAAUCGAAACCUACGCGCCUACCAAUUUCAUAUAUCUUUAGUUUUAUAUCUCUUCUAAUAAACAUUGUUCACAUUAUUCCAGCAAACAAAUUAAUUUGUUGAUUUGUAUUAUACAUUUUAUACAUAUUUAGAGGUAUAAGAAUGCGAUAACAUAAAUGUUUGCAUUGCUUUAUUUAUAGGAUAAUGAAAUAGGAGUGGCAAAAUUUACAUUUAAUCAAAAUAAAAAAAUCCUAUUUUAUGGAAAAAAUAAUAUUGUAUGGUUAACAUAUAAAAUUAUAUUUUUAAAAGACAACUAUUUGUAAGAGGUUGCAUAAAGGUCAAAAUAAAUGGAGGCAAUAUAACAACAUUAGAAUCUCGAAAAUUUUUACAUUGUGAAAAAAAAAAAUAGUAAUUAUGAAAUACAAGAUUUUUCAUUCCAUUUUUGAUUCAUCAUAUCACAGAAUUUAAGCACAUGAUAACUAUAUAAGAAAGUGAUAUGCUCUACUAAUAUAUACUGAAUAUCUAUGUAAUGAGAGCUAGCAGUAAAUUAUUUAUAUUAUCCAGACUUAUGGAGAUACCAAACUUUUAUGGUUGUAUUUUAGGUUUUAAGAAAAUCAAAAAUAUUUUUGUUCAUAAUGUUCUUAAAAAGUAAAUAUUACAGGGUAGCCAUCAAAUUAAAUUUAUAUUAAGGUGUACCAAUUUUUUUAAUGUUUAUAUAUAUACAAGUAUAUAGAUAUAUUUUAAUGGUUGUGAUCAAAUCAUGAUACAUUAUAAGAAUUAAGUCCAAUGUUAUAAAUAAUAUAUAAGUGUAUAACCAUUCCUUCUGUUAAUAAAUUGGUUUUGUUUUUUCGAAAA